CCAAGUGGCUGGACCUGGAAUCUCAGAUAAAAGGACACUGCUCGUCUCACUCCCUCUCUCACAGUAUAGUUCUUCUUACCUUGAGCACUCAUCAAGUGAGUGUGUGCAGUACUCUGUUUUUAGAGAGAGAAAGAAGUGAGAGAAAGGUGAAAAGAGAGUGCGAACACACAUACAUAUGGCUAUGAGGAUUGUUUGGAGCUCAACAAGAACCAAAUGGGUCUCACUCUCUGGGCUACUUCUUCUUCAUUUAGCUGCUGGACAAUUACAAGACGGAUUGCUGGACAAUGGUGAUUUCGAGACCCCUCCAGCCGGUGGGUUCUCAAACCUGGGAUUAGGAGGAAGAGGAGAUGGUCCGACGGCAAUCCCAAGCUGGAAAACGAACGGGACAGUGGAGGCGGUGGAGUCAGGGCAGAAACAGGGCGGGAUGAUCCUGAUAGUCCCCCAGGGUAGACAUGCUGUGAGGCUGGGCAAUGACGCCGAGAUCAGCCAGGAUAUGAAGGUGGAAAAGGGUUCCCUUUAUUCCAUAACCUUCAGCGCAGCACGAACAUGCGCACAGCUCGAGUCACUCAAUGUGUCGGUGCCCCCUGCCUCGCAGACCAUUGACUUGCAGACGCUGUACAGCGUCCAGGGAUGGGAUUCCUAUGCCUGGGCUUUCCAGGCUCAAGACGACGUCGUUUCUCUCCUUUUCAGGAACCUCGGCAUGGAGGAUGACCCCACUUGUGGCCCCAUCCUUGAUGAUGUCGCCGUUAAGAAGCUUUUCACCCCCGAUAAACCCAAAGAUAAUGCAGUGCUUAAUGGAGAUUUUGAAGAAGGCCCGUGGAUGUUCAGAAAUGAAUCGCUAGGCAUCCUACUGCCAACCAACCUGGAUGAAGAGACGUCCUCAUUGCCGGGUUGGAUAGUUGAAUCAAACAGGGCAGUGCGUUACAUCGACUCCUACCAUUUUACAGUCCCACAAGGCAAACGAGCCAUUGAACUCCUUUCGGGCAAGGAAGGUAUAAUCUCACAGAUGGUUGAAACCACCCCGAACAAGCCUUACAGGUUAACCUUUUCUUUGGGUCAUGCCGGGGACUCAUGCAAACAACCACUUGCAGUAAUGGCCUUUGCUGGAGACCAAGCCCAAAACAUCCAUUACACUCCCAAUGCCAAUGCCACCUUCCAGACUGCUGAUCUCAAUUUCACAGCCAAGGCCGACAGGACACGUGUUGCUUUCUACAGCAUCUAUUACAACACGAGGAGCGAUGACAUGAGCUCGUUAUGUGGGCCUGUGGUGGAUGACAUCAGGGUGGCUUUGUCAGGGUCAAAUAGAAUUAAUGUAAUUGGAAGGCUGGGUUUGGGCUUUGGGUGGUUUGUUUUUGUUUUGGUUUUGGUUUAGGUUUACCUUAAGGGAUUCUGCUAAAUUAAGUAACUAGUUGUAUGUGGUGGUGGUGUUGUGUGUAUGGUUUGGCUGGGGGGUGUUGGUAAACCAUCAUAUUCCCUUGUCUAUGUUGUGGAUGUUCUCUCGUUUUAAAAUUUUUGUUUUGAGAAAUGGGCAGUGAAUGGUUUGGGGUUGUCUCA